CACAAUAAUCAAUUUGCUUGCUACUGCUCUACUGCUAAGGUAUUAUUUAUAUAUUCAAUAUUAGUCCUAGUAGGGAGGGGAGGUGUUCUCCUGGACUUCGGGUGAGGAAGACGAUGGAAGACAGUUUCCGGGUUCGGGUGGACAGGGUUUUUGGGUCGCUCGUCUCUUCUUCUCCUUCCAAUAAUCGCAAUAGUAACCAUACGCCGCCGUCGUCGUCGUCUUUGACUUCUCUUUGGAGCCUCUCCGACCAAGAGAUUGAGAGAAAGGAAUGGAAGAGAGACUCCCCCGACUGCCCUCCUCGUUCCCCUUCCCCGCCUUCCAACCUUCACCACCCUCUCCUCUCCUCCUCCUCCUCCUUCUCGCCUUCCACUGCCGCCCUAUCUCUUCCUCCACCUCACCGACAGCACCUCUAUCCCGACCGCGGUAACUACGACCACCAGGACCACAUCAGGAAUAACGAGGAGCAGGAGGAGGACAAUCCGGCGGGCAAAGGCCACCAAGAUCACGAGGACGGACAAGAUUGGGAUAUUCGAUCCUCCAUUGGCCUCGACUGCACUCUUGACUUUGAGGAUGAGGAAGAUGAAUAUGACAAAGUGGCUGUAGACAGGGAAAAAGCUGGUGAUAUCCUAUGCAUGGGCGAUGUUGUCGACUAUGGAAUCGAAGUAAAUGCCCACAAUGAACUUCCCAGCUCAUUUAAGGAUGCUCCCAGAGACCCCCGUGCAAAUCACAUGGCUGCUAAACUCAGGCUCAGGGAAGAUGCAGAAGCUGCUGGAGAUUUUGAUACCUCCAAACUUUCUGAGAUGUGCAUGUCGUCUCUAACGAAUAGACAGGGUCAACAAAAAGUGGAGGAUCUUGUCACUCCGAAACCAAUUCUGAGGAAGAGGGAAAACCCCAUCCACAAGAAGUCACCGAAACGUGUCCGCUUCCAUGAGCAGCAGCAGCCUAAUUUAGGACCCAAUGAUUCGGCUCUCGGUACUUGUUCGCCAGAAGAAAUUUCCUCCUCAGAAGAAGCACUUGAUUUGCCUGGCAAUCAAUCUUUAGUGGUAGAAGCUAAAGCAUCAGAUGUUGAAUCUAGUGCCCCCCUGAAAUCCUCCUCCAGUGGAGAAUCUGCUUUGCUGGAGGAUGCGUCUAGUGUGCCUCGAGUUUCUAACUAUAUUCCGGACUAUUUAAGGAACCCCACAAGGUAUACACGCUAUGAUCUCGCUUCAUCCUAUGAUACAGAUGAAGAAUCCAAUCGGAAGGCCUACAUGGAGUUUCUGAAUCAGGUGAACCCUGCAGAAACGCACCCCGACGAGGCAUCUCUCACUUUUCAACAUCCGUUGACCUUUACUCCAAAAAAGAAGGAGCAUGACUUGUCGAUGGUGAAGGAGAAUGGGGUUAAGCAAAACCAGGUUGAAGUUUCAAAGGACAAACCCAUUGCUGUUGGCAUUGCAGCUGGUGAUGCCUAUGCCCAGGACAAUGAAGUCUGUGCUAUGGAGGAAGAUGGGUUUGAAACUGUGGUUUGUAAAAACUCACAGAAACCAGGUCGCAGGUACCGGAGUAGGACUAGGACGGGUAUGGAUUCUGAUGAUCAUGUAACUUGAGUGCAACUUCUUCAGCAUAUUGCUGCUGAUGGAAUGGGAUCCUCCGGUAACUGGUUAUCACUCUGAAAGAAAACUUGACAUCUACUUUCUUGAUGCUUAAUAGUUGCUUUACAAAAUGUUGAGUUGGUAGGCGAUGUAAUCUCUGAAAGACCUUGCAGCUUUCUACUACACGUUUGGAGUAUAUGCCAUUCUGUGGAGUUGACCAUGAUCAGUUUUUUUAUUUUAAACACCAUGAGUAAGUUGUUCAGGAA